AAUGGCCUUUCGGGGAGACGAAAAGCCACUCCAAGUUUUCUGAAUCGUCCAGAAACCAAUCCCAUUAAAAAGGAAAAAUCCUUUUUGAGUUAUUUUCUUUUGCAACAAUGGGAGCAUCUUCUUCGACGGAGCAGCCGGCAUCGGCGGAGCAACGGGAGUUGGAAAACAUCGCCGCUUCCACGGGAGCUCUUCCUUUGCUUCAAAAAUCCUUCCCAAACCUCUCCGACCCUCAAACCAACGCAAUCUCCGUCCAAACACUUCAGCAAUGUUUUCAUUUAUGUUACGAAGACCCAGUUUGCGAAUCACAGCAAAAGCCAGAGUCUUUCCCUAGGUUGUUGGAUCACUUGGGAUCAUCGAUUGUAGACUUAUUUUUCUUGUCUGAAAAAGGUGGCAUAAAUUGGUUAGGGUUUCUAGGUGGUUACGUGAAGUGCUGUGGGAGAAUGUCUACAUCAAUGUCUCUUAAUAUAUUGUUGAGAAUAUUUGCUAUGGCAGUGAAAAAGUUGGGGCUUUCUUCGAAUUUGGAGUUCGAACCGGAUGAUGCUGAUUGCAAGAUCAAUGGGUCUUUACUACCCUCUGAUCUGCUUCUUCUUCUUUGGAUGUGUUGGGCUAUGUUGUGGAAUGCUAGGACCUUGAAAUCUUCUGAAAGGAAAGGGAAUCUAUUAUUGCCUGAUAUUAAUCAUUUGGUGUUGUCUGCUGUUGUUGCAUGUGCUGAAGUUGAUAGCAGCUUUGAUUUAUGGAAUUGUGAUAUAGUAGGCUUGGAUGUUCAGCUUCCCGUGGGAAAGUUUCUUAAUUGGGCAAUAACCACGGCGCCAAUACUUUCAGACUGCCUUACACAAUAUGUUAAUAGAAGACUUCAAAUCUCGGUUCUUGCAGAGGAUGAAGCAGGAUCUUCAGAAUCUAUUUCAGGAGAUAUGUCUCCAAACGCAUCUCAAGCUUUACUUUUAACACGUGGAAGGGCAUGGGCAAUUUCCCUUGCACCUAGAAGCACCAUCACUGAAGAAAUUUUGAAAUUAUGCUUUUCUGCUGAUAUUGUUGGAACUGAUGAAAAUCUUCUUUAUCGGUCCUCUACUCAUGGAAAAGGCUUGAACAGAUUCUGGUCGAAUGUCGAAGGUUAUCAUGGUCCAUUACUUGUUCUCAUAUCUGCUAAUUCAGAAGAUGCCUAUCAGGAUAAUAACAAAGCCAGGAAAUGGAUCAUAGGAGCACUUACACAGCAGGGUUUCGAAAAUAAGGAUACAUUCUAUGGAAGCUCGGGGAACCUAUAUGCUAUAAGUCCGAUCUUCCAUGUAUUUUCACCUUCAGGGAAAGAGAAGAACUAUGUAUACAGUCAUUUGCACCCUACAGGAAGAGUUUAUGAAUCACAUCCAAAGCCAGUGGGAAUUGCAUUUGGAGGAACUACUACAAAUGAGAGGGUAUUUAUAGAUGAGGAUUUUGCAAAGCUAACUGUUCGCCACCAUGCAAUGGACAAAACUUACCAACCUGGUUCCCUUAUCCCAAACCAGGGAUUCCUCCCAGUAGAAGCUUCGAUAUCAGAAGUCGAAGUAUGGGGACUUGGUGGUAAGACUGCAAAGGAAGUCCAGGAUUCAUACAAGAAAAGAGAAGAACUUUUUACUGAGCAAAGAAGAAAGGUUGACUUGAAAACAUUUGCAACAUGGGAUGAUUCACCUGAGAAGAUGAUGAUGGAUAUGAUGGGUGAUCCCAACAGAGUUCAGCGAGAAGAUCGCUGAGCCAUUCACUCCAACGUUAACCAUCAUUUAAUACUAUAGUUUUCUUGCUUUGGUAAUAAUAAUAAUAGGUUUGGCCAUCAGUCAUGUGGAUCAUCUGUAACUAUUUCGAAGAGAUACGUCAAUGAGAAAACAAUUUCUUCGUUCUGUUGUACAUUGGUUGUAUAAAUUUUUAGUCUCUGAAUUUUGUCUUUUCA